AUGGAAGAGUACCUCAACAGCGAGUCGCUACCGCGAGAUCGGACGCGUCGCAGGCGCAGUAGUAGUAGCAGUAGCCGCUCAUUGCAGAGGCGACGCCACAGGGCGACACGUUAUCGGCGGUCGCGUUCGCCCCGCCGUCAUUCUUCCAGGAAGCGGCGGCGCAGCCCAUCCCGGAGAAGCAGCAGCAGGGAGAGUAGUUACAGUGGCGAUCGAAAUAGGAGUGACAGAAGUGAAAGCCGAGGCCGUCGUCGAUCGCAUUCGCGGUGGCAUCGCAAGUCAGGCGGCUCACGCAGGGGUGGAACAGCAGCGGCCUUGUUGAACUCGGAGCCGUUUAGCGUGCGUGCGGACCACGGCGUAUUAGAGCACCCACAGACGGAUUGGGUGUGCGGGGUGUGCAGCAACCCCAAUUCCGUGAAGCGGGAGGAGUGCUUUAGGUGCGGAACCCGCUUCGCGGUGAGUGUCAACGCAACCCCCAGCGAAGAGAUCAGGAUUUUAGGCCUGCCGGGGAGUGCCACCUUUGGCGACAUUCAACGGGCACUGGAGGACCGCUUUGUGGAGCACGGUGACACCUGCCACAUUGUUGCGUACAAUAUGAACGGCAACGACGAGAAGCAAAAGGAUGAUGGUAGGGGACAUACCGCCUAUGUACUUUUUGGUAGUGUAGUGGAAGCCACAAAGGCACUCACGUAUGCUCGGUCGUUGCUUGUCAUUGGCCAGAGCAUGUGUGCCAUGGAGUUUUCGUUGCACAGACGCGUCAACAAGAAGUUGACGUCUAUGGCAAGCAGCACUGAAAAGGCGGCCGUCGUCAGGUCAGUGGAUGGCCUUCCUGAGCAUCUGCAACCAGCUGUGUGGAGGCCGGUAGACCACUUCUCCUCCUCGGAGGAGGAAAAGGAAUAUCUGGACCUCUUGUCAAGGCACUGGGACAAAUUAUCUCAGGAGCAGAAGGACUACUACGACGAGGGAGUUCGUAGGGCACUGGCGGCGCAGCGCCGAAAGCAGCAGGAAACGAGUGGGACGACCACCGUCAGAGAAGCUGCCCCAAAUACCGCCCCCGUGGCUGCUGCUCCGUCCAACACUGGUUCCUCGCUUGACAGCAUUAAGAGGCGGCUGGCGGAGAAGAAACAGGCCAUGCGAGGCAGCACAAGUGAGGCACCCGCGGAGACGGAGCAAAUGACACCAGCCGCCUCCUUGAAGAAGAGGCUGGCCAUGAAGAAGGCACAGCUGUCCUCAGUAGCGAAGCCGUUGAGCGCCACAGAGGCGGAGGCGGUAACUGCAACUGUGGCUGUGUCACCAGCUCCCACCCUCACGCCGCACAGCGACGCCGCACCGGCCCCUCUGCACUUAUUCUUCGGUUUUCCCAUUCCAGCACGCUUCCCCGCAAAGACGGACUACCUGACAAAUUCGAAGUCGCCUUCCUUUCGCGCCGGGUUGAUGCUUCGCUACGUGCAGCCCGCUGUGGCGGAGCGUAUUGUGCCCCCGUCGGCCCGUCCACCGCCGGCUUGA